AUGGCACAGACUUAAGCUUUGAGAGAUUUAUCUCUAUAUCAGUCAAAGACAAAGCAGGUCAAUAGAUGGACCAGAUUCGUUAAUCUGUUCAUUUUUAUUGUUAGCGCUAUUAUCUGUAUUCUCAUGAUAACCUUUCACGACACCCAGUACGGAUCACAUUAUGAUUUUUCUUAUGCCAUUUUUCUGAUUGUCCUAUAUGGUCUUGGUUUGAUUGGGCUAUGUAUUGUAACUCGUAACCUGAUCACUGUACUAAAGAAAUUUUACCCUCAGUUUUACUAUUCUGAGAGGAAGAUGAUCCUACCAAUGAUUAUAAUUUUGAUUGUAGCUAUGAUAAGCAAGUUAGCAUUUGGAGCUUACAGGGUAUACUUAGAUGAUUUUAUAGACGAAUUUUUUAAUGAGAGUGAAUAAAAAGAUAAUUGGAUAUCUCCAACAUUUUGGAGUGUGAAUUUUACAGUAGCUGAGUUUGUUCCGGUUUCUGCUUUACUACUAAGCUUUUGGUAUGGCCUUUUAAGAAGAAAUAAAGUAAUAAGCAACAGAAAGUAUUCUAGUAACUCUAAUCACCAAAUAAAUCUGGAUCAUAGUCCUUAGUUGCUUGAUUUCGAUGAAGAUGAGUCAUUUAGUGAAAACCCAUUUGCUAUUGGAGUGGUAUAAAAAAUCACUUUAAACUUUUAACAAGAUAGGGACUUCAGUGUUAUUUCAAAUAGCAAUCACAUAUCAAAAGAGACUAAUUAUUAAGAUACAUAAGGCGUCACUAUUAAAAAGCAUAGAUACUCCAGAAAAUCUCAAAGAAAUAAAAAUAUUAGCAUUAAUAAUUCCUAUCACGAAUGA